AUGAAGUUGCGGAGAGCAGCCAGAUUACUGCUCGACCUUGACGACCCUUUGGAGGUCGAUAGUGACGAUAGCGAAUGCAGCCGUUAUGAUUACCUAUCAGAUGUCCUAGAGGAGAAUGAGGAAUUCGAUAAAGGGAACGAAGCCGAGCAGUUGGAGGCGGACGAUGGGGACGACAACAUCGCCGCGAACACUGACGAGGUCACUAAACCUGAAGAAGGUGCAGCCGAGGCAACCAGCACCGGGACGCAAUACACCGUCGAUAUCUUACUGAAUCGACACACGUCGGGUGAGCUGGCGCAGCACAGCGACGAGGAAGAGCCAAAGAGAGAUGCUACUGUUGCUGCUACGGCUGGAUGUGGCGGCGACGAGGAGGAGGAGCCGGACAUGGAGGAGGAGGAGGAGGAGGAAGUUGUUGCAGCCUUUAACCCGUUCGCGCUCCUGGACAGUGAAGUCAGUUGCAGCACCAGCAGCAGCGAGGACGGGGAAUACGAUCAGGACGCGGAGGAGGAGGGGAGGGUGGAGGAGGAGGAAACAAGCAAAGCUGCUACAGUUGACGCCUCCAGGCGCAUGGCCGCCUUUGCCUCAUCCUCGUCACGGAGCAGCGACGCAUCACGGUAUGGAUCCAGUGUACUGAAGAGGGACAAGGAGGCGGUGGCGGCGGCGGCGGCGGCACACAAAGACGAAAAUGAGGGACCCGUUGCCGGAGACGCACAGCGGCAGCAGCAACAACCAUCGCGCCGGCGCCGAAAGCAGAGGAGGAAUCCUCAGCGGCGGCAGCGUGGCGCCGCUGCUGCAGCUGCCGCCGUCGUCGCCACCGGCGACUUCGCUGCUGCCCCCACCUCAGUGCACAUUGAAGAGGGGAUUCGGGGGGGAGUCGAGGAGGGGUGUGAAGAUGGAGAGUGCCACGUAGGCGGGCCUACUGAAGAUGCCGUACGGGGCCCCCCAGCAUCUACUUCUCACAGCACCCGCCGCUGUGGCGAUGAUGCUGUCCCGGCCACCGGAGUGGUGGCGGAGUGCUGGCUGUGCUACGGCCAGGGCCGAGUGGCGGAGAUACAUCCACCGGAGCUGUUUUCGGAGGUGGAUGGACAGCAGUUGGGCGUUGGCAUGCCCGAAUUGCCGGACAUUGUACGACAGCCCUUCCCGCCGGAGGCCAUGGUGUUCAUCCGCCUGCGCGUCGGUUUGGAGAUGUCCGUGGGGUGUGGCGGCAUGACGAUAGGAGAGCUGCUGAUGCGGAUUCGUUCGAUGAUGGAGGAGAUGGCCGCUAUCUACGGAGACAGCGGUCUGGGUUUAGCGGGGUGGGGCGGCAGCGGGAACGCGUUGUCAAGCUUCAACGUGACGAACGUGACCUUCGAUUUCAGUCCGAAUUGGGGUUUUGAUUAUGGAUUACAAUCCGAGAGCGGCAACAUUGAUUGGCAAGGGCGCGGGGCUCAUCCUCGGCCAGAUAUGUAUCUGAAUUCUGAAGGGUUGGAGAUUUGGCAGGAGGAUGAAGAUCUGGAAGCCCAGGAGCCCCGCGAGCGCACCUCUUCGGACAACCCCCGCGGAGCCGGCCCCACCGGCCACAACAACGCCCGCUAUCGUACUGCGCCGUCAGAGUGGUACGACGAUAGCGACGCGGAGUACAGCAGCGAAGAUGAUGAAAUGGACGCACCAGGCGAGUGGGUUCGCUUGCUGGACCACCUGGCUGGCAUAGAGGCCUUUAUGCCUCUGGUAUGCCGGGCUUGCCGCCGCAUCCGUUUUUUGACUUGGGUUUGCAUUACGUCGGCGAGCUACGUGCGGCUGCGGCGGCUGAUCGUGCUGCGACUCGCGCGGAGCAACAGCGACGGCGGGCGGAGCUGCAGCAGCAGCAGCGCAAUGCGCAGCGAGGAGGCGGUAGUCGAGCUGGGCACCGAGGCCGGGGGGGACAGCGCGGUGGUGGCGGCGGCAGCGGCCGCCGCCGCUGACGCAGUGAUGGUGGCGGCGGCAGCGGCCGCUGCCGCAGUCUGUCGCGCCCAUGUGUGCUGUGGACAUGCCAGUGAGGGCACUUGA